AUGAUUGUCCUUCACUGGUUAGCAGGACCGGCUACUCGUUGGAAAACAUUUGUAGCCAAUAGGGUAACAAAAAUACGGGAUCUCAUUCCUAAUGCACAAUGGCUUCACAUUCCUUCUAAUCAAAAUGCAGCCGAUUGUGUUUCUCGAGGUCUUCGACCUAAGGAUUUUAUCCAACAUAAGAAUUGGUUGUUUGGGCCGGAUUGGUUGAAUGGUCCUAUAUCAACUUGGCCUGCAAAAACGGUUGAACCUUCCGGAGAUAUUGAUCAAGAAAGAAAAGCUAACGCUCUAAUAGUAAAGAGUGUCAUUACCACCGAUCAAUCCUUUAUAUGA